AUGAAUAAAUAUAAAGAUUCAACAUUUGAUAAUACUGCAUUAACUAGAUUAAUUAUAACAUCAAAUAUAUCAUUUAAUAAGAAACAGAUUAUGAAGAUUUUGAAUCUAACUAACACGCAAGAAAGUGUUUAUCAAGAGUUAAUCAGAUUGGUUAAAUUAGUUGUUGAUCAAAUUUAUAAUGAUGCUCCAUUAACUGAAUUUCCAAUGACUAUUUUGAAAUCCAUUUCAUUUCAAAUUGCUGAUAAGUUCGAAGAAAUAUUUUAUACUCCUAUCCAUAAAGUAGCUAGUUAUACUGAACGUUCCAUUAUUGAAAACUUACAUGAUAUGCAAAGAAAAUUACAACCUACCGUUGUCAAUUGCCCAAGAUACAAUGAAAUGUGGAUUAUAACAUAUUUAAUUAAAGCUGAAUACAAUAAGGUUAGUAAAUCUAAAGCUAAGUAA